ACCAUACUUCUCCCUUCAUCCCCACCGCCGUCGACAAUCCCCACGGCCAGACAUCAUGAAGCUCGUAAGAUUUUUGAUGAAACUGAACAAUGAGACGGUGACUAUCGAGCUGAAAAACGGGUCGAUCGUCCAUGGGACGAUCACAGGCGUGGACAUGCAAAUGAACACCCACCUCAAAACCGUAAAGAUGACCGCCCGGAACCGGGACCCCUCCUCGCUCGACUCCCUCUCAAUAAGAGGCAACAACAUCCGGUACUUUGUCCUGCCCGACUCUCUUCCGCUCGACACGCUCCUCGUCGACGAUGCGCCAAAACCGAAGAGUAAGAAGCGGGAUGAUGCGAGGGGGAGGGGACGGGGUGCGAGAGGGGCGGAUAGGGGGAGGGGCGGACCGAGGGGACGCGGGAGGGGAAGGGGGAGGGGAUUCUGAGCGGUGCGGUUGGAUUAGGGGGGAGGGAGAAUGGAUUGAGGUUGAUGAGAGGAGAAGGGGAAGUGUGGGUGUCAUUGUGCCUGUGCAUAAAACGGUGGGCCGUGAUGGGUACGUGCGUGCGGUCUUGUAUCAGUCCUGUCUAUUUUCUUGCUAUCAAAUCCCCUUGACUAUCGUCCGCCGUACCACGUCCAGAAGAAGGUCACCGUCGUUUCGGUCCACAUAUAUCGGCGUUUUUGAAGAAAACAUU